UAACAAUAUGGCGGUUUCCUCACGUCUCCUCGCGUCCGCGGGGAAAUGUUUCCUACGCAGAUCAUUGCUGGAGAAAGAUAACAUCAUCAGAUUCACCGCUGGAGCGCGCAGACCCUUGGCCACACAGGCUGCUCACCAAGUAGCUUUAAAUGUUCCUGAAACGAAGGUGACCACUUUGGAAAAUGGGCUCCGUGUGGCUUCUGAGGACUCUGGGCUUUCCACGUGCACUGUCGGCCUGUGGAUUGAUGCCGGCAGUCGUUAUGAGAACGAGAGAAAUAACGGCACAGCUCAUUUUCUGGAGCACAUGGCAUUCAAGGGCACCAGGAAGCGGUCGCAGUUGGACCUGGAGUUAGAAAUUGAGAACAUGGGUGCGCACCUAAAUGCAUAUACAUCCCGGGAGCAGACUGUGUACUAUGCCAAGGCCUUCUCGAAGGAUCUUCCACGAGCUGUAGAGAUCCUUGCCGACAUCAUCCAGAACAGCAUGUUAGGCGAAGCGGAGAUCGAGCGGGAACGGGGCGUGAUCCUCCGGGAGAUGCAGGAAGUGGAGACCAACCUGCAGGAAGUGGUCUUCGAUUACCUGCACGCUACCGCGUACCAGUCCACAGCGCUGGGCCGGACAAUCCUGGGCCCCACUGAGAAUAUCAAGACGAUAAAUAGAGGAGAUCUGGUUGAGUACAUUACCACCCACUACAAAGGUCCUAGAAUAGUACUGGCUGCUGCUGGAGGAGUGUCUCACAAUGAGCUCAUUGAUCUGGCCAAGUAUCACUUUGGAAAGCUUCUUGGUCGGUACGAGAGCGACGCACCGCCUGCCUGCCCCUUCACGGGAAGUGAGAUUCGCGUCCGUGACGACAAGAUGCCGCUGGCUCACAUUGCCAUCGCCGUGGAGGCUGUUGGAUGGUCUCACCCUGACACCAUCCCCCUCAUGGUGGCGAAUACACUCAUCGGGAACUGGGACCGCUCCUUUGGCGGCGGAGUGAAUCUGUCCAGCAAGCUGGCCCAGAUGGCCUGUCAGGGGAACCUGUGCCACAGCUUCCAGUCCUUCAACACCUGCUAUACGGACACAGGCAUAUGGGGACUGUACAUGGUGUGUGAGCCCGGCACCAUCGACGCCAUGAUGCACUUCACUCAGAAAGAAUGGAUGUCGCUUUGCACCAGCGUCACUGAAGGCGAGGUGGCACGGGCUAAGAAUCUUCUCAAGACCAACAUGUUACUGCAUCUCGACGGAUCCACGCCCAUCUGUGAGGACAUCGGCAGGCAAAUGUUGUGCUACAGUCGUAGAAUCCCCAUGCACGAGCUUGAGACGCGAAUUGAUGCUAUCGAUGCUGCUACCAUCAAGGACGUGUGCACCAAAUACAUCUUCGACAAAGCUCCAGCCAUCGCAGCAGUUGGUCCAAUUGAACAGCUUCCCGACUAUAACCAGAUCCGCAGUGGAAUGUUCUGGAUGAGGAACUGAGCAGUCGCAUUUAAAUGUAUCAAAUGGAAACAGUAUUUAUGCAUUUUUUUUGUCGUCAUUUUAAUUUUCAUAUAAAAUAAAGACCAACACAAUACUGUUGUAUAAUAAUAAUAAUGAAGAUACU